AUGUUUUGUACUCGACCAAUAAAACUAGGAACAGAAAAGAGUAUCACAAGAGAGGGGGGGGGGUCUCGCGGUGAAAAAUGGGAAACGCCGGAUCCUCGCAACCGUCGAAAUCGCGAAAAGACCGGAAGAAGGAAGGCUGCGACGGAUGAUGACCGUCCCGGAAGGAAUAAGAGGAGGGCCCUCGGUAAUGGUUGCCGGACCAGGUCCAAACAGAAGGAGACUAUCAAGUGUCGGACCACGAAUCCUUUCAUCAUCUUCUUUUUACGGUUACGUAGUAAAAAGCCGAAGGAACACGUAACCGUGAUCGCGCGAGCAGCGGGAAAAUUGUGGACUAAAAUGACCCCUGAGCAAAGAAAGAAAUACAUCGAUUUGGCGAACGCCGAGAAGAAGAGGCGAGAAGGAAGGAAAAGAAUGACAAGAAAGUUAAGGUAA